AUGGAGUCCGCUGGCACUGGCUUCAGCAUGCUCUAUCGUGAUAUGACAGCACCACCUACCUCGUACCAGUGGGAAUGCACCCCAGGCCCCUCAACGCAAUAUAGCGUGGCCUACGCCUCUGCAACAGCACCGUACACCGUGAGCGUCUUGGCCUCCACGUUGGAGGUGACGCGACCUACGUCCACCCCCGGUGUGUCCUACAGCCUUAUCGGCAUGUCCUGCGGCUACGACGCUACCUGCGGUGAUUUGAAGACGGGUGCCUCGCUUUCCUUCUCACUGCAGGUAGACCAGAUUGUCUUGGUGGCUGGCAAAGUCACAAGCAACGGCAUCACCAACUUUAUGCCGCUGGCCUACUACGUUGUUCAGUCCGCUCACUCGUGCUCCGGUGACAACAUCGCCAACGUAACGACGGCCUUCAGAGUCGGCACCCCAUCCGUGUGGACAGAGCUCUGGAAGUGA